CCACGACGAUGGCUGUGACGAGCACGUUUGGCGUGACCUCGGACUUCACGGUUAACACUGACAAGUUCAUCGUCAACGCGACUAACGGAAACACGAAGAUGACGGGGAAUCUUGAGAUGUCAGGAGACACGGCGACGCUGACACACAGCGGGUCGACGGGGGGUCUCGCGAUAUCGAGCGCGCAGCACGUGGACGUGGAGUCAGUGCGGUUCACGACAAACCAGAUUGGCAGCACGGGAGACCCUGACUUGAUCACCUUGACAGACAACAAGGUGAGUAUAUCGGGACAGACGCUAGAGAUGUCCGGAAGUACUUCUCGACUGCAGCACACGGGGACGACGAGCCUGGCGAUCUCGAGCACCAACGGGCACAUCACGAUUGCUGGGGGGUCAGGUGACUACGUGGAUGUGGAGUCGGUGAGGUUCACAGAUGACUACAUCGGCAUCAGUGGCGACACCGACAUCAUCCGGCUGACGAGCACCGGGAGCCAGGCGACCGUGGCGAUGGUGGCAGAUGUGGACGUGACGGGUACGAUGGACGUGAGCUCGGACUUUGCGGUGAACACCAACAGCUUCAAGGUGACCGGGACCAACGGCAACACGGAGAUCCUGGGAAGCCUGACGAUGAAGGCUGUGAGCGGCAUCAUCACCCACGACGGGGCAUCAGGGAGCCUGGCGAUCUCGAGCAGCACGGGGCCUGUGACAAUCGCGGGGCAGUCGACUGGGGGUUACGUGGACGUGGAGUCAGUGCGGUUCACCGACAACCAGAUUGGCAUCAACGGCGACGCCGACAUCAUCACCCUGACGAGCCUCAGCGGCACCAGCACGGUCGCGUUCGCGAAUAAGAUCACGACGGGCGACCUAGCGACGCUUAACUCCGCCACGGUCACGACAACCCUCCACUCGGGCGGCGAUCUCACCGUCGGAACCGGCCCCAAGCUCACCGUCGCCGCCUCCAGCGGGGACGUCGUCACCGCCGGGAAGAUCGCCGUCGCCGGAUCACACGGGGACGCCACCAAGGCGCUCUACGUGACCGGAUCCGUGUACGCCACCGGAGCCGUCACGUCCGCGUCCGACUCGAGGUUCAAGCGGGACGUGCGAUCCAUUCACGACCCACUCGCCAUCGUUCGCUCCCUCGAGCCCGUGACGUUUACGUUUAAGAGGGACGCGUUCCCGACGAGGGACUUCCCGGUGGAGACGCAGGCGGGCUUCCUCGCGCAGGACCUCGAGCGUGUCCUGCCCCACCUGGUCACCGAGGACGACGAGGGGUACAAGGGGGUGGCGUACGAGCGGCUCGGGGUGUACGCCGUGGCCGGGGUGAAGGCGCUUGACGAGUCGAUGGAGCGACUUGACGAGUCGAUGGAGCGACUUGACGAGUCGAUGGAGCGACUUCAAAACGACACGGUGGCGAGGUUGGAGGCGAGGGUGGUCGAGCUGGAGCGGGCCCUCGCGGCGCUCGUCUCGAGAGCCUCGGGGCCGACGCCGGCGGGGCGAUGAUUGAGACGCCCGCGGGCGUCGAAACGAAGGGACGAUUAUAUUUUUUAGCACCUCCGUCGAGAGACGGAGCUAGCGUUAGACUGUACACUGCUGAGCGUAUUUCAGG